UCCUCCUCCCUCCUCCCUCCUCCUCCUCGACCCCCUCCCCUCGGGCGGUGGGUGUGGCGUGUGGGCCGGGCCAGGCGACGCCCCCGCCCCUCCCCUCGCGGAGGGGACUGGACCGGCGCGCUGCAGAUUAGGGGGGGCCAGAGGCGCCUGACAGCGAUCGGCGCCGGAGGGUCCCUGGGGGUCCCCGCCGUCCUUUGGGAGAGGCUCCCCCCGCCAGAGGGCCCGGCUCGGUGGGCAGGAGGCGCCAGGGCCUUUUCAAGAUUCUGAUUUUUACCGCCUGCAACGUCGAGACCCAUCAGUGCGAGAACGAUGCCAAUCCUAAGGAGCAGCUUGGGGUCCCCCGACCACGCUAUAGCGCACGAGCUUUCUGGCAUGCACGAAACCGUAUUUUCCAGCGAAAUACUGCCUUCCGACCUGAACUCGACGGACGCCGUCGUGAAGAGCGGGCACCGGGACUCCCUGUACCUCAGCGCCGCCCACAUUUUUCAAAGCGUUCGUAACGAAAAACCUCACGAUAAAAUCCUGGUGAAAUACGGCACCGGGCCGUUGCCAUCCCUUCCGGAUUUCAAAGACGAGGAAUUCCAGCGUUUGUCCUACGAGCUGGCGUUCAACGCUCUGAAAUAUCAAGAUGUGCUGGAAUAUAUGUUGAUAGACAGCGGCGUUUACCCACUGCAGUCAAUAUCAGAUGACCUGACCAGCUUAGUGGUGGUGGUGCUCUACGACCUUCAGGACCGGAAGUUUGAAGCUCGCUCGGUUCCCGAGGACGAAGAAAGCAUAGCAGAAGUUCAAGAAGUGGAACGUUAUCUAUGCAGUUUUAAGACCAAACUCGCCGCUGCGCUAGCCCGAUGCCGAAUCAAGCAUGAUGCUCUAACCAUUGAGCACAUCCUGCCGGAAACAAUUCGGAGACAAGAGCAGAGGGCUUCAAACCUGCCACUGUACGCCUGGGUGAACACCUUGAAAAUCAGUCUUGAAGAAGUCCAUAGCUUCUUGCAGAAGGAAGGCUUCAUGAAAGUAGCGUCCAUUUCGGAUUUUGAUGGUUACACCUAUUGCCCGGAUAAGCACUGUGAGGAUGGGCUCAUUUUCCCGUCUUCUCUUAAAGAAAAACUCCUGAUCUCGGAACUGUAUACUGAUCACAAACUGCUGUUGCAAGAUAACUCCCGGAGUCUGGCGGUACAUUCGGUGAAAGCCCUGCUGAAUAUGGACGAUGACAUUUUAAUUGCCCAAAUGGGGUCCUGGCUCACUGUGGCCCAUGUGUCGGUGCUGACCAAUCAGGACACUUCCCGGGUGUUCGUAUGCGGAGUGAAGUCUGCGGCCAGAGAAGCUGAAUUGAAGGAUCUCUUUGCACGCAUGGAGUGUAAAAAUAUCGAGCUGCUCCACGAGGACUUUGCCAACGUGGAGCCCGCUUGCGCCAAGCUGCAGAAAGUGAAAGUGGUCCUGCUCCUGCCUCGCUGUUCCGGCCUGGGGGUCAGCAAUCCCAUCGAAUUCAUUUUGGAGGAGCAUGAAGAUGCAGAGUUACUCAGAGACCUCUCUCAAGGGUCGGUCGCCGAAGACAAACUAAGCACCCUUGCUCAACAGCAGCUGAAAGAGCUGACCCACGCACUGCAGUUUCCUAAAGUCCAAGCUCUGGUCUACUGCACCUGCUCGGUGUACCCGGAGGAAAACGAAGCGGUGGUGAACAAAGCCUUGGCAUCUGGAGCGGAAGGAGCAAAGGCCCAGCCGUACAAGCUUUGCCCGCCAGUUCUUCCUUUGUGUUCUAAGUUGGAAGUCAACACCUCUGAACAGAACUUCUUUCAUCUGGAGCCCUCCGAUAUUUCAAACAGCUGCUUUAUUGCUGUCUUAAGCCGAGAGCGAGAUCCAUCCGAAUCCGUGUCAGUGAAAGACGUUUUGGCCCGCGCCGCAGCCAAAGGCCUGCUGGAUGGGAUCGACCUGGCAAAGCCGUCCAAGAGAGAAGAGAAGAAGAAGAAGAAGCAGAGGGCCGCCCAGUCCAAGAAUCCGAUCAAAGAGGCCGUCAUGCAGUCUCGCAUUCAGGAGUUCCUGGAACGAGAGAUGAAAUCUGGAAUGACGGAGACCAGCUCUGCCGUACCGAGCGUGGCUGCCAGUAACUCGCAGGUGAUGGGCCAAACCAGUGAGCCCGUCGCCUUGAAGAAAGCCAGUAACCCUCUUUCCAAUUCAUCUCUGCCCGCGAUGGCGAAAAAUAACCUCACCUCCGCCACCUCCACCCUGCAAAGAGUGUUGGAGAAGCAACGGAACGCCGCCAAGCCCAAGAACGACGAUCGCGUCAUGAUUUUGAAGCCGGUCGAGAUUGUUCUGCCCCCGGUGAUGAUGCCGUAUUUCAACCCUCAAGGGAACAGGGCCCAGAUUUCAACCAAUCACUGUUACUAUCGUUGGAUUGGAGCAAAACACGGGACCCUGAGCCCUUCAGCCUCCAAAAGACUGCUUAAGUCGAAAGAGCCUUCCCCGUCUACGAUGACCAAGCAGUCCCGUCCGUGGCUUUGAAGUGGGCGCCAUCUUGGUUUCUUACUAUUUUUUAUUUUUCUCGGAAUUUAAGACCGAUGUUCAUUUAUUUAACGGUCAGCUCCUGAAUAUCGUUUGGGCCCUUAAACGAUAAGCCGCAAAGUGCUUUUAGAAAGAAAAUUUUAAACGCGGAUCUCUUUUUGACGUUCUUUUCUAUUACAAACGAGCUGUUUUUGCAAAGCUGGGUUUUUAUGAUGAUGAUGAUGUCAUGCUUGCAUCCAGUUUCGAAUGUCAAAAAAAAAAAAGCACACCUGGAUUAUGCAGAACAUUGGAGGAAACUUUAUAAAGGUUGAUGCGGGCUAUCGCUUAAUUAGUUUUUUAAAGCCGCCACAGACGCGCUUGGUCUGAAUGUAUUUGAAGCGGCUGAGUUUUAAGGCGAACCGUUACAUGUAAAUGAAAAGGGGGGGGGAGGCUACAUAAGUAGAAAAAAAAGAGGCUACGUUUUUAUCCCUGAUAUAUUUCAGAUCGUUUUUUCUUGGGAAUUGGGAAUGCAUUCCCUUUUUCCGCCUUUAGAAGGUCCGGUCUGCCCUUCAGCGUGAUCUCUGUAGACGUCUGCUUGCUUCAAAGCCUGCUCUUAAGAAAGAAUAGCACUUUGAAAGUAUAAAUUUGCUUUGAAAGAGAAAUUGUAACUACACGAAAGAAAGUAAAAACAUUUAGGCAAGGGAUUUUCCUUAUUAACAUGCUUUCAUUUUGGCUUCCAACGUGACACCAGACUUCAUUAGCAACUCAGUAUAAAUCAUCAAGUUUUUAUGCCGUACGGUUAACUGGAAACUGAGCAUAUUAAACAAUUCCUGAUUAAUUAUUUCCUUUGCUUUCUUCUUUUUAAAAAAAAAAAAAAA